CUCAUCUUCAACUCCAUAAAAUUCCCGUGCUCCAUACACCCUAGUGACCCUACGCAUCUUCCGUGUUCGGAGUCGAAUAGAAACGACCAACUUUGAAAACAUUCUCAGCAAUGGAGGAAAUCUCGCAAUCAUCCGCGCCACCACUUGAUUCCCUCAAACUGGCCCACAAGAUUACCGUAGUCGCCGGCGCAGAAGCUCACACUCUCACCCUCACCGGUUUCUAUUCAUUCAAUUUAUCAUUUCAAUUGUUACUUAAUCAUUAUCGUUAGUGCAUAAGUUUUUUCAUUUUCCUUUUUGUUGAGCUAAAAGUGUUCUCUUGCAGCAGAUGGGAGUGUUUAUUUAAAAGUAGUCUGGAAAAUACAUGACUAUCAAUUCUGUUAGUUGUUUAUGACUCCAUAAUGGUAAUUUUGAUGUGAUAGUUUUUCGUGAAUAUAAUUGCAGAUGAAAGUGGAAAAGCUGAUGAAGGUCUCUCCUUCUCACUUGUUCCUCGUGUAAAAUUUAAGUUUACCAUGGGCUGCACAGAUUCCAGGGGUGGGAAUGUAACUGCGUUUAAUAUAAAAUGUUUUCUCUCCGCCUACUUCCACUGUUUCCAAGUGCAUAACAGAUAUCUCGAAAUUCCAGCUUGUGACAUCAAUGUCCAUCUUCUGGAUCAGACUAAAAUCGUUAAAAAUGAAGGGACGUGGAUAAUGGCAUAUGGCUGCGUCUAUAUUAGAGACGAUAGAUUUACAUCUAAAGAGUUUUAUAUCGGACUUCGUAACUUCUUGCUGACGAAGUUUAAACCAUAUAAAGUCAAAUGGAUGAAUUUCACCUAUCCACUUACAAUAACCCUGCCACCCGAAGAAGAUCCAGAUAAAAUGAUGGCUUCCAUUCCAAUCACUUCCCGAACUGCUUAUAACCCAGAGAUACCUACUCUCAUUAUUAAGGGUUUGAAUCAAUGGUUUGCUGAGCAACCUGGAUCACUUCGCAUGUUACUAGAGACUCUGGGUGUGGUUAGGUCUUUUGGUUUUGGUGAUGACGGAAUCUCGAUUCAGUAUGAAGAUUGUUACACAGCAUUGAAAUCCCUAUGUGGAUGCUCUUUAGGACGCAAGAUGGAUGUAGAAGGUGUGCAAUCUGUCUCUAUUGUUGACUAUGUUCUCACAUGGAAGGAAGAGAAGAGGGCGACAAACCUACCUUGUUGUCUCCACCCUUAAGAAGACAACCAAUCGUGUUUGACCCAAAUGACAAUGACACGUUUAUCAAGAAGAAAAGGAAACAUGUUUGACCCAAGUUGGAGAGUGCUUGGAAAUGACACAUGGUAGUACCACAGUUGUCUCGGCGGUAAGACAAGUUGCGGCGUCAGCCAACUGCCAUAUCGCCUAGGUGACAAGGCCCCCGCCUAGACGACAAUUAGGCGACUAGUAGCACAUUAUAAAUAUUUAUAAUAUAUUAUAUAUAUUUCCGCCAACCAUUUUUCUUCUCCCCCCUGCUUCUUUCUCCUUUCUUUUUUCCUUGUUACUUUUGCCGGAGCUGUUCGACAAGUCGCCCGCCAAGACGACAGUUAGGCGACUAGUUUUAUUUCAAUUCCGAAUUGCUAGUAUGUGCCGUAUCAUAAAAACAAAGGAAGAAGAAAGUAGCAGUGAGAGGGAGAAAUGUUUGGUGGAAGAGAAAGGGAGAAGAAAGUACGAGGUGAGAGGGAGAAUUGGAGAAAUGUCUGGGGAAGAAGAAAGUUGGCAGGAGGGGGAUAACUUCUCCAGUUCUCCCGGAGGAGAAUGAAAAAGAAAAGAAAAAAUAAAAUAAAAAAUGAACAAUCGGGUUGCGCCACGUUAGCAAUGCAACUGGGUAACCCGGAACUUCACCUGAUAAAUUAGAAAUUUGAUUGUUUUUGUAAAGUUGGUUGGCUUAAUUGGGGUUUUUUAGUUCGAGGGUUUAAUUGACUUUUUUAUACACUAUGUGGGCC